AUGGGCAUACCCAUCUGGAUCACCUCUAUGCCUUCUCGCCUGCCUCCCGUUUAUACGAGAACGAUAGAGGUUGGACAAGACUUUCUCCCCGCCCCUGCCACCCGCUUCGUCGUCACCCAGUAUCUGGAGACAAGCCAGGACCCGCCGUACUGGGCGCUGAUCAUCGUGGGUGCCUUCUUCGACAGCGAGGAUCGCAUCGUCUGGAGCUCCGAAGUGUUUGUCGCGCACCUCGACAUCCAGCUCGAGUCCGACGACGACGACGACUCUAGCGAGAGCAGCAGUGAGGAAGCAGCCUUGGCAGUUGAGCACUUUGCACGCUCGCCAAGCCCCUCGUUCCUCCUGCGUCCCGGACGCGGAACCAUCAGGGGCAUUGGCGGCGAGAACACGUUGCUCAGCAGUGACGAAGCUGCCUCUGUCACGCCAGGUUUGUGUCCUCAUCACUGA